GGAGGAAGACCGCGCCGGGAGGCCGCUCGUCUCCGCUGGGUGCUCCCAGCCACCGCCUCCGCCGCCAUGGGCAUUAAAUUUUUAGAAGUUAUAAAACCCUUCUGUGCAGUUUUACCAGAAAUUCAGAAACCUGAAAGGAAGAUUCAGUUUAGAGAGAAGGUAUUAUGGACCGCUAUAACCUUGUUCCUUUUCUUAGUAUGUUGUCAGAUACCACUAUUUGGAAUCAUGUCAUCAGAUUCUGCAGAUCCUUUCUAUUGGAUGAGAGUUAUUCUUGCUUCUAACAGAGGAACUUUAAUGGAAUUGGGUAUCUCUCCAAUUGUAACAUCUGGUUUGAUCAUGCAGUUGUUAGCUGGAGCUAAAAUCAUUGAAGUUGGAGACACUCCAAAAGAUCGAGCUCUGUUCAAUGGAGCACAGAAAUUAUUUGGUAUGAUUAUUACCAUUGGGCAAGCCAUUGUAUAUGUCAUGACUGGAAUGUAUGGAGAUCCUGCUGAAAUGGGUGCCGGAAUCUGUCUACUUAUAAUCAUUCAGUUGUUUGUUGCUGGUUUGAUUGUGCUGCUGUUAGAUGAGCUGCUACAGAAGGGUUACGGCUUGGGGUCUGGUAUUUCCCUCUUUAUUGCCACCAACAUCUGUGAAACCAUUGUCUGGAAGGCCUUUAGCCCUACUACCAUUAACACUGGCAGAGGUACUGAGUUUGAGGGUGCUGUGAUUGCUCUGUUCCACUUAUUGGCUACCAGAACAGAUAAAGUCCGUGCUUUGAGGGAGGCUUUCUAUCGUCAGAAUUUGCCCAAUCUCAUGAACCUCAUUGCUACAGUCUUUGUGUUUGCUGUUGUUAUAUAUUUUCAGGGAUUUCGUGUUGACUUACCCAUCAAGUCUGCUCGGUAUCGUGGACAGUACAGUAGCUAUCCAAUCAAGCUCUUCUAUACCUCCAACAUUCCCAUCAUUCUUCAGUCUGCCUUGGUUUCUAACCUAUAUGUUAUAUCCCAGAUGUUGUCUGUUCGGUUUAGUGGCAACUUCUUAGUUAAUUUAUUAGGACAAUGGGCUGAUGUCAGUGGAGGAGGUCCAGCACGAUCCUACCCAGUUGGAGGCCUUUGUUAUUAUCUUUCUCCCCCAGAAUCUAUGGGUGCCAUAUUUGAAGAUCCUGUCCAUGUAGUUGUUUACAUCAUCUUUAUGCUGGGAUCUUGUGCAUUUUUCUCUAAGACAUGGAUAGAGGUGUCUGGCUCUUCAGCUAAAGAUGUAGCUAAGCAGCUUAAAGAACAGCAAAUGGUGAUGCGAGGUCACCGAGACACUUCUAUGGUUCAUGAACUUAAUAGGUAUAUCCCCACAGCAGCUGCUUUUGGUGGAUUGUGCAUUGGUGCCCUCUCAGUGUUAGCUGACUUCCUGGGAGCUAUCGGUUCUGGCACUGGAAUUCUGCUAGCGGUCACAAUUAUUUAUCAGUAUUUUGAAAUAUUUGUUAAGGAGCAAGCUGAAGUUGGAGGAGUUGGUGCUCUGUUUUUCUAAAUGUUCAACUAUUUCAUCAUUCGUGUGAAAGGGAAAAUAUUUUGACACAUCAUUUUGGUCAGAUAAUGCUGUGGUUUCCCCCUCCCUCCCAUCUUGUUUUAAAGUGCUAACUGUCCCAUUUCUUUAAUGGGUGAUGAGCUAUGCCUGUGAGCAGCAUUAGUACCAGCUGCCUUAAAACUAAAGUUUACAUUAUUUGUUCAAAAUAUAGCUAUCUUAUCUAUCGAGUGUUCCUUGUAAUGCUGGAAACCAGUGUAUCUACCUUGCUGUUUUGAACCACUAUGGUGAAACGUAUCCGUUUGAUAUUGGUAGACACUUUUGCAUACGACACUCAAGAAUAUCCCCGACUUGUGUUUUCAAAUAAAUGCAGUUCAGAUUGCCACUUUCCAGUACUUUUGAGCUUAUUUAAUGAGUUCCUGAAUACAUUUAUAUCUAAUCUAUAUAUUUAGAUGAAUUACUUUUUAUACUUUUUUAACUCACAGUAUCCACCUCACUUCCCUUCUUCUCCCAUUUUCUUCCCCACCCACAUAACCCCUCUCCACAUUGGCAUGGUGUAUCUCAUUUUGGCUUUUGGUUCCUAUCAAUUCAGCCACUUCUCAGCGCUGAAAAGUAGAAAAAAAUAAGCCACAAACAUAUUCCUGUCAUUUUCAGCCACUGAGCCAACUGUUCCCUCUUAGUAUAUACCCCUCCCGUUUGUGAUUCUUCCUCCUCUUUUCAAUGAUAGUGUGCACUGUCUUGCUGUGUUGGCCAUGCCUUCUUAUUUCAUUCAGUCACUUGAGAAUACUCUCCAGAUGUGACGUCCUAAUUUUUCUUGUUUGUUUAAAGCUCCCAAAGGAAAGAUAACAGUGUUUGAAGCUCAGGGUGGGGAGGGAGGAAAAAGGUGGAAAAUGAGUAAUUCAUGCUAAGAAUUUAUGUAUGUUGUUGCGCUUUAUAGCAGCAACGUAAAUGUAAACAUUAGACAAUAAACCUUUAUUUAAUAAAUCUGUCUCUUUUUUUCUAAA